ACUUCAAACUUCUAGUAUCUACCUUAUAUUCUUGUGCUCGUAGUUAUUCAGUUUAAAAAAAUAAAAUAUUAUUAAUUUAAUGUAUCUUUCAGAAACAGUCUUAUAAGAAGAUUAAAGAUAGAACAGAUUUGCGUAAUAAAAAAAUAUUAAGUCAUGUUUAAACAAUAGCUGUGCUAUUCCAAUUAAUUUUUUGUUCUACGUCGGGAUUAUAAUCCAUAAAUAAAAUAAAUAAUAAACAUUAAAAUGCAAAGUAGAAACGAUUCACUUUCUGUCCUUGGCCCCACAAUAAGCGGGUCUCCUGCAGUACUGCUAACACCAGGAAGAACGAGAAAUAUCGCUCAAGAUAUGGAAGCUCUAAGGUUAUCGAGGCAAGAUAACCCGUAUUUACAGCAGGUUAUGGCAAGCAGAGAGAGUCUAAUAGAAAGUCAUCAUGAUGAAUGUGAAUCAGAUGAUACUAUUUUAAUGUCACAGGAAUUUGGUAGUGCACCUCUUGAUUUUGUAGAAGAUGAUCCUCUGACAUUGAAAGAGGUUCAUGAACAUAUGAUAAGGUCACCACCUCCUACCAGUUGUUGGCCACAAGAUAAUCUGUCUAACCGAGCGUCCAGUGCAUUUGAUUUCGGAGUGGACAGUCCAGUCUCAUAUAGUGCUUAUUCAGUCAAUUCUCAGGAAAAGGAGCUUCUCGGAUCCAGGUCUCCACGUCGUGGCACCCGGUGUGAUGAGACGAAAAACAAUAAUACCAGUAGACCUCGAUCUUCAAGAUCCGUAUCUCCCCGAGCUCAUGAUAUAACGCUUUGUGGAAGACCACUAUCGUUACCAGGUGAAACCCACCUGCGUAUAGUAUUAAAUAAAAAGCAGAGUCAGCAAGAUAGAUUUUCGAUUCUCCAACCACGCCCUAUUCGGAGACCUCACACCAAACGAUCAGAUGACAGUGUCCAACUAGUGCCGGACUGCGAUAAGUAACUCGUGACCAAAUUGUAAUAUGUUGUGCAUUGAAAUAAAAUAGCAAUUCGCAACUAAGUUUACGGACUUUUUAGCGGUUAUUGUAC